GAUGAAUGACAGACGGCGGGGUCCUAGUUCGAUGGCAUUUUGAUGGAAACAAUUUAGUGGAAAUAAAUGACUUGUUGACGAGAUUAAAACUGCCUGCAUGAAAUAUUGUAGUGAAAAUGUGGCGUACGAACAAUAAUUAGACGUUUUCUACGGGUGGACACCGUUAUUUUGUGAUACAAAGAUGUAUUUUCAGUACACGUUAGGAGCCAUUUUUAUUGUAUUUAUUUUGUGCGUUCAUUGUGAUAAUGCUGGUAUUAACAACGAAAUAUUGGAGAUUUACGUUCCGUCCGCUCCGCAAAACCUCACAGCGAAUAGAGUUAUAUCAGACGAAAUACAUCUGUCAUGGGCCCCGCCAUCCGAAUACACAGUACACAUUUUGGAUUCCACCGUAGAUCGAACCACAAAACACGACGAGUUGCAAGUCAUACCCAGAACUCAGGCCGAUGCCCCAAUAGAAGAGCCGCAACCAGAAAAACUCAAAGACUAUGCGUACACACUAUACAACAACGACAGGCUCAAAUACAACGAUGACUUCGCAUCAGACGACUAUAGAAAUAAGAGAGACAUAAGAUCACACAGACACAGAAAACGAAGGCAGGAUAACGUAACUCAUGAGAAAAUUGAGGUUGAAACUCACCAAGCUUUUGAAUUACCAAUCGAAGUUGUCAAGAAGUCACCUCCGGCUAAAAUUGAUAUAACUCAAAUAGCGUACGUCCUGUAUUACGAAGAAGGUGUCGCUAUUCGGAAAGGGUCCAGCGAUUCAAUAUUCGUAGCUGGUGUUCCGACGUCGGACGAGAUUAAACGACGGAAUGUGUUUAGAAGCGAUCUUGGUAUGGAGGAUUAUUUAAAUGCGACGAAGAAUCUUACGCUGUUGAAUACGUCCGGUGUUCCCACUAAAGUUGUUGGGUUUCGAUUGAAGAAUUUGAAGGCCUUCACUCCAUACAAGAUAUGGGUCCGUGCGUUCUACAACUUCCAACUGACUGGAGUCAAGUCUCAAGAUCUCCUUCAACGCUUGGGUCCCCAGUCGACUCCGCUGUAUGUCCUAUCUGAUGUGAAUCCACCCUCAGCGCCCAUUAUACUAAAUCUUACGUGUGAUUUACCAAAUGGCAUACUUUACCUCCAAUGGCGUCAACCCCUGGAGUACAAUAACUCCCUGGAUCUGUAUGUGGUGACCCUCAGGAAGUUACCCGAGCAACAGCCUCGCACGAGACUCAAGUUACCCACCAACAAGGAUGAUAUUGAGACCACGAUCAGUGUUAAUGUGCAGCUAUGGAACGUAACACAGUACGAAGUGAAGAUCUACGCGGUGACGCUGUCAGUCGCGCGUCCGGACACUUUCAUCAAUGGCACUGAAUCACCGCCAGAGCAAGUAUCGAGUGAGUGGUGUACUGCCCAUUCUGAAGCCAUGUCUCCCGAGGUGGGAAAGGCUAUGCGCGGGGCUAAUGCGUCCGUGGCACUACUCGCAGCCGCCCUCAUGACAGUGUUAGCUGCCGGUACUGCUGGCGUGCUUUAUUGGAGAUGCAGAACUCGUCUCAGCAAAUGCAUAAGUGCUGCUUACAAUUACUUGGAGGAAGGGGGCGAAAGGGCAGCUCGGGCCCCACUCAAUACUUAUAAGAAACCAGUAUCCCGUUCGUCCCCUCCAACAGGGAACAAUACGGGCACCGGGAUCACGGCAGAGAGCGUAUGCGGACGUCCGCCUCGAAUGGCGGGCGCACAUUGUCCCUUAGUACGUGCACAGCAUUUUCCCAGUCAUGUGGCCUCGUUACAUGCCGAUGGAGAUAUCGGGUUUAGUAAAGAGUAUGAGAUCGUGGUAGCUAAAUCCGCGGCUUUAGGCCACACUAGUCAUCACAGCUACAGACCAGAAAACAGACUCAAAAAUAGAUAUUUGAACAUCACAGCCUACGACCAUUCGCGCGUAUGCGUGUCGGCCGGCGGGCGUUGUGGGGCGGCGGGGUGCGUGGGCGCAGGUCGCGGAGCUGUUUGCGAUUACGUCAACGCCAACUUCAUCGAUGGGAUAUUGCCUCAAUUGGACGAAGACACAAUAAGGCGGAUCGAACGACGUCUGGAGAGGCGGAAUAGACCUACCAGACAACCAUCAGUAAAAGCGUCAAAACCACCACCGAACCUGGCUGAGGGAAUCGAGUCUGCCUUCCUAAAUAUUGAGUUCUCGGGCAUUGUGGAGUCUGACGAUCAAAGGGACUCUGACUCGGAGACCAGCGAUGACGAAGAACAACUGGAUGAUGUUUUUGUUAAUAUUAAUGGCGCGAUACGACAAAUAAAGCUGGAGUGGGUCGUCUGGAAGCGGCGCUACAUCGCCACUCAAGGGCCGACUCCGGCCACUCUGGAUGCCUUUUGGAGGAUGAUAUGGCAGCACAAAGUCAGAACUCUGGUUAUGAUUACGAAUCUCGUAGAGAGGGGCAGGCGAAAAUGCGAUAUGUACUGGCCAUCCGGGGGUCGGGGAAGUUCAGCAGAGUUUGGAGGAGUGCACGUUACGCUCCUGUAUGAGGACGUACGCGCAGCGUAUACUAUACGGCAUUUACGAGCAACGCCCGUGGUGACCGAGCCGGGAACGGAAGACAGUCCGGACAGACAGAGACACAUAGUGCAGUACCAUUACACGGUGUGGCCAGACCACGGUACGCCCAGACACCCGCUGGCCGUUUUGCCAUUUGUUAAGGCCGCCGCAGAUCCGCACACGGUGCUAGUCCAUUGCAGCGCGGGCGUGGGCCGAACGGGCACGUACAUAGUGAUAGACGCACAAUUGAACCAAUUGAAGCUAACGGGAACUCUGUCCCCGCUGGGCUUCCUCUGCCGCGCACGCACACAACGAAACCAUCUCGUACAAACGGAAGAGCAGUACGUAUUCGUACACGACGCGCUCCUGGAGUACGUCCGGUCCGGCGACACCGAAGUCGAAUUCUCGAAAGCCAGGGAAUAUCUCAUCAAACUCCUGGAACCCAUAUCGGACGAGGAACUGGCGGUCAUGGAUCUAAAUUCUACUAAAACCAAGAGCGUUCACGAUUUGACCGUCGAAAACGACGUCACCAGCGUCAAAUCGAAUAGUGAAAAUAAGACAGAAAUUCUAGAGAAUGGCAGCGAAAUGUCUUUGAAAACUGACGAAAUCAGCGAGCCGAGUAAAUCGUCAGAUGGCCAGGAGAAGGAGGUGCUGGUGAACGGGGACGAGAGCGAGGGAGUGUACGACUUGGCUCCGCGAUCCACGGACACGUAUAGUAAGAAAAUGGCGGCUUACAAUAGUAUGAGUGACGAAGAGAAAGAGGAAAUUAGGAGGGCGAAUCGAGUGGAAAACUAUGCACUGUUGGAACGAAUGCGGUCGUUAUCAAACCGGCAACCGACGUACCGAGGCCCACCUCCUGUCAAUUUGUUGGAGAAACAGUAUCAGCUUAUAACCCGAUCUUGUGUGGAACCAAGUGUAUGCGCACGCGCAGCUCACAACGCUGAGAAGAAUAGACCCGGUGGCUUUCUUCCUUCGGAUUCGGCUAGAGUUAUGCUCGUGCCCAAACCUGGGGUUGAAGGCAGUGACUACGUGAAUGCGUCGUGGGUUUGCGGCAGACGACGCAUGCGGGAGUACGCAGUCGCCCAACAUCCCGGGCUCGGCGGAGAGCUCUGGCGGCUUCUGUGGGACCACACCGGGCAGCUGGUGUUGAUGCUGCCGGAUGAAAAUUCCUCGGACUGCGAAGUAUUUUGGCCAACUGAAGAUGAUCGAGAAUUGUUCAUUGCUAACUUCCGAGCCAGUUUUGUGUCCAAGGAGACGUAUGUGGCGCAUCGACGAACAGAGAAAAAGGCAGAAACGCCGUCGGAACCGGAGAUCAAUGGAUACCGGAGGCAAGAAGGGUCGGAAUGCGCCGACGACGAACGAUUAAUCCCGGAGAAUUCACCGAUACAAGAUGGAGAACACCGCUACGACAGAGCCGAAUUACGCCUCGACUCGCUCAACGGAAGCAGAGAUCUAUCCGCAAGAAAGUCGAUAGCCAAUGGAGAUCUGUUCUCGUCAUUAGCGGAAAAGAAAAACGGCCCUAAAUCCCCUCGCAGCCCUUCCAAAAUGUCCCUAAAGAACUUCAAGUUGAGCUCCCCGACGAAGUUCAAGUUUCCCGAAUGGGGGGCGAGAGCCGGCUCUCCGCCCGACGAAGCCCCUCCUCCUCCUCCGAUUCAGCCUUCCCUCACGGUGCAGGAGGAGAUGGAACUCCACAGGCCGCUUUACUACUUCGAAAGAACGGAAAACACCAGUCACGUGCCAUCGGACAGAGUGAUAGAAGUGACUAACGUUAGUGUGCACUCGUUGCAGGACGAUUAUCAACUAAGUGUGAAGUUUAUUAAGUGUUGUGGUUGGUUAAGCGGGGAUACGACGGACUACAGUGUUAACGCCCCGGACGAUAACGAACACGUGCGCGGAGUGAGAGAGACGAGCGGGAGCGAAAGGGAGGGAGCGUUGGAUAGGUUGAUAGCGCCUUACAAGGAUUCCUUCGGGUUGAUUGAAUUCGUUGCCGGAUGCCAGAUGGAGUAUAAGAAUGGGCCCGUUAUUGUUGUUGACAAGUUCGGGGGUUGGCGGGCGUUAAGCUUUUGCGCUCUGAGUGCAGCCGGUGGCGGCGCUCGGAAUCCAAAUAUACACGAACCGGGGGCAGAACACGCGACCCCUUGCUCGUCUGCCGAUCUAUACUGUGCGUGUGCGCUUCAAGCGCACGCACGAUGCGUACACCAUCACACCUAUACGUCUACGUCCUCGCCCUUACCGCCGAGCGCGUUGCUGGCGUGCUAUUGCGCGCUGGCUGCGUAUACGCCCGGCUUGCACGAUCGUAAUAGCUGAACCGGGUGGUGGUCACGAGUGGACGGUAUUGUACAUUGAAUACUCAGCGCGUUGUGCGAUCCAGCGAAGUAUUAUUUGACCAAACGUUGGAUAAGAUUAGGUUUUACGUUUUCAACGCGACGCUCAAAUAUUUGAAGUUUGAACCGAUGUUGGUCUCCAGAUUAUGUUGGUGCUAAAGUAUUAAUUUAUUUAGGAUGUGUAUUGAGGCUUCUCAGAUUCAGUAUUUUGCGUAUUGGCUUGGAUUUGUACUAACAUUGGUUCAUCGGUGGUUGAUGCGGUGUGUCAUGUCUGAUUAAAUCAAAUUUAAGAGCUGCUCAAAAUUUGCCCUUUCGAAAACGACUUAAGUAGCUUUCUUCUCUUUGAACUUCCAUUGAGGCCAGUAACAUUUCGGGAUAAGGUUCAAACAAAUGAAUAUAGAUGUACUUUGCUUCAAAUUAAUUUGGCCUCAAAGUGCGAGGGAGAUAUCAUCCAGUUCACACCGACCUCUUUGUAUAACUGUCAUAUUUCAGUACAGUUUCUGUAAUCUCAACUUUGUCGAGACCAUUUCAAAAGCUGCUUCUAACAAUUAUUAAACUAAAUACUCACUGGAGUAACUUAGCUGAGAGGUUUAUAAGCUUUUUUACUUGUCCUAUACGAGGUUGAUCAAUCAAAUAUAAAAUUAAGAAUUAUAAAUAUUCCAUAAGGAUAAAUGUUUAUGAAUGCUUCAUUGGUGUAAUUGGUAUAUGGAAAGUUAUUUAGUGCGGUUAAUGUCUAAUCAAAUAUUUCCGAUUUUCUAUUGGAUUUUUCGGUAUUAUAUCAAAUUUAAAGGCUAUGAAAUGUACAGGCUGUUUAGGCUUAACCUGCCUGUGUAUAGUUUUAAGGGUAUAUUGAUGAAGGAUUCUUUGUGUCGAUUUAUUAAGAGUAGCGUAUCUGGUAAAUAAGAACUUGAAUUUACAUCCGAUAUCAUAGAUAUUUAAAGAUAAAUCUUUUAAUACUAAUUUAUAAAGACUGAAAUUGGUUUUACAGCGAAAUCAUUCAAUUGUAUUUUGGAGAUUCUCUAAUUACAAAGUUGUCUCAUUUGCUCAGUUAUACAAAUAGUGACAACGAACAACGAGCUUUUGCUGUUUUUACGUAUGUUGUUUUAAUCUAAUAAAGAAAUACGCCGUUGAUUAAAUAUUUAACAUAUAUAUAUCGUAUCGGAUGAUUUCAGAAGUUCUUCUUUACCAAAUUAGAUUUGAGGGCAUAACUCCUAUUAAAUGUAUGGUCCACUAUUUGUUAAUGUUAGUAUUGUAUAGUUUGUCAAUUACGCUAGAAAUUUUAACAUUGAUGCCGGAUUCUACAUACCGCGAAAACUCAAAGAAAAUACAGUGUUUACGAAAUCAGUUAAAAAGCCCACUAAAACUUUAAUGACCAUAAGAAUUCACGAGGUGAUCGACUCAGGAUAAUUUAUCGUAAUAGUCUUGAAUUCUAGUAUAUUUGGAGUUUAUAGUAUUUUUGUGAUAAACAGCGUUAGUUAUUUUGUUUUGAUUCAAAAUUUGAUAACUGACAUUUAACUGGAUGACUGUGUGACACUAGCAAACUAUAUAGACUUGACAGUUGACAGUCACUUUGAAUAAUUUCCCAGUAUAUUCUGUAUAUAGAUUAUUAUAGAAUAUGUUUACUAUCACACCUUGUAAAUUACAAGGUGUAAUACACAGCAUUUUUACUCAAUAUUUAAAUAGGUAUUAAUCAAUGUGAUGUAUAAAUUAUACCAUAAACGCAAAGUAUCACAAUCAAAAUGACGACAAUGUAACUAUAUAAAUGAGUAAUAAAAAAAUAGAAUAAUUACAAAUAGAAAAUAGUAACAAUUUAGUUCCUAGGCUUUCUAGAGAAAUAUAAAAAUCCAUAAAUGAUAUGCCUAAUACUCAGUAGAAUUAGAUAAAGUGAGAAAUUGUUCAAGUGACUAGUUAUAAUUUUCGUACAACGUUGCUCCGCUAACUGUUACUUGUAAAGUGUAUAUUCAUUUUGAAGCACAAAGUAUUUAUAGGAUCAUUUCAUAUCAGGUUCAUUUGCUGUGGGCUUAACCAGUGACCAGGUUGUCAAAAUAAAAACUUCGCACAUUCUCUGUCUUAACAACUUAUAAAAAUUUAUUUAAUCGAUCGAUUAACGAUAAUUUUUAAUAUUUUGUGUGUCGUUUAAUCAUUAUGUCUGUGACUACUGAACGAACGAGCUGACAAACUUGUUUCUAUAAUAGGUUAUUUCUGCUAUAUGUUCUGUUAAUAGAUGCGUUGUAAUUUCUCAGGGCGCGGCCUUUUAUUUUGACAACUUUGGACGUACGAUAUCGGUUAGCGAAAGGAGGGUUCGGAAGCUCGUAUGUGCCAUUUUAAGCUUAGUACCUAUGUAGUUAGUAUUAAUUAUAUACCCUGUAUACAAUAUACCUUGCUUAGUUCAAUUUUUAUAUACCUUUUUUAUACGGUGUGACAUCUUGUCGUUUUAACUUAAAAACUCGGCUAUAAAUCUGAUUUCGGUUAAACCGCAUUGAACAAAUAAUUCGUAGAUAAAUUAAGCGUAAUGUUCAGCUAUUAUUAUAAGUGAUGAUUAUAAAAUCUACUAAUUAAAAAUGAAUGUCAUUUAGCGUGAAUAAUGAAAGUAUUUCUUUUGAUGUUCCUUAAAAUUAGUAUUUGGCGGUCCCUAAUAUAUUUGAAAAGUCACAGUUGCUUCACUUAUGAUUUGUUUAUUAUUAUUUCCUUGAAUAAAAUAGACAUUUGACCUGACUUAUUAACAAUAAAAGCCAGUAUUUUUAUAAAUGCUUGUAAUAUAAAAUAGAUUCUUUUUUAGAAUUUUUCAAUUUUUCUAGUUUUUCUGCACUGAUUAAUAAUAUAAUUUGUAAUAAAUAAAAGUUAGACCGGUAAAAAUAUAACUGAAGCACCAUAUACCAUAUUUAUAAUAGUUUUUCCAAACAAACUUAUUCGAUUUUUUUUUCUUGUAGGUUCGUUGACACUAAGAUUUUAAAGCAACGAGCUCUUGCGAUUUUUGUAUUGAAGCACAAUUUUUCUAAUAGGUACAAUGACGUAUUGCAUUUCGGAAUACCAACGAUAAUUAAACGUUAAUAUAUAUAUUUAAAAACUUAUGCGGUUUUUACAAUAAAACGUAAAAGUUGAUCAAAUUUAAUUAGUCAAGUAAAAGUUUAGCAAUGUAAAAGUAUACUUACGCAAUGAGUUUCAACUUCAACUUUGCUUGAUUGUGGAAUAAAAAGUUCUUUAGUACUUUGAUCAUGAUAUUACUUAAUUUCAAAAUCAAUCAUUACUCGUUCAUUCAUAAGGUGUUAUAUGUUUGAACACCAAAUUUAGACUUGACAAUUUGUUUAUAGUUGCCAAUUGCACAGAUUAUAAUGAAAGAUAAUCAAGAAUUCUGUGGUUUUACGUUAUCUAAAUGUUAACCCUAAACUAACUAACCAAUACGUUUUAUUUAAUAAGUAUUUAAGAAAAUCACGACUUUACUAAUAAUUUAGACACAAUAUAUUUUAAGUAGUUUACUCAUUUUUCUACUUUUUUAUUUUUACACAAGGCUGACUCCAUAUAGUGCAAUAUAUAAAAUAAGCGUAUACUGUUUUGUUCUACAUGUUUAUUGUAUACAGACUUUCUUGUAAUGAGCGUUUUCUGGUAUUACUUACACAAGAUGGCGGCGUUGAUAUGCGCGCCAAAACAUCUGUCAUAAAGUUGCAAGUGUUUAGUAGAUUUUUUGUGAAAACUCUUAUAUUAACAGCAUGGGGCCGUUCAAGUAUUACGUAAGCAGAUUUACUAAAAUUUAUCCCCCCCCCACUUCCUCUUCUCAGCAAAAGUAAGCAAAACUGUCAAAAAUAAUAGUACAUAAUUUUAUUAAUUCUUUGUAGGAAUCCUCGAAAAUGCAUUUAGUUUUCAAUCAUAGACAAUGUGUAAUAUGUGUAAAAAAGUUAAUAAUUGACUGUUGACUGUUGACUGUUGACUUAAUCACCAAAUAAGAUAAUCAAAGACCCCCUCCCCCUAUAAUAAUACUUGAACGGUCUCCAUAAAGCAGUUAUUUGAUUGUUAAAAAGUUAAGGGAAACUAUCGCGUCUAAAACUUAAUUGACGUGCAAGAAACCAUAACGGAAAUGUUUCACAAUUAAUAUUUCAAGGGUUUGGUGAUGCGCGAUAUUUUCGUUUAUUCAAAUCUAAACCUAGCUACCUAUUCCAUUUAUACUAAAAAUAUUUUAUUAAAAUGUUUAGAAGUGUUUCCAGACUUGAUAAAUAUACUUAGGUGAAACGCACGUAGUUUUUAAUUUGUAACUCCAUGUACAGUAUUAUCCUAGAAAUGUUUAAAAGUUUUGUACAUCACAUUCGACUAUUUAAAUCGUGUGAAGACUAUUUAUUUUAUGUAACCGCCUCUAUUAUUUGAAAUGUAUAAAUAGAUUAAUAAGAAUUUGUAUAUGUA